AUGAACGCCUUCCGGUUCCUGGGGGACAUGACCCACCUCUUCUCGGUCAUCGUCCUCCUCCUCAAGAUCUACGCCAACAAGUCAUGCUCAGGGGUGUCGAGGAAGACGCAGGAGCUGUACCUGGCGGUGUUCGUGGCGCGCUACCUCGACCUCUUCACCGACUACAUCUCGCUCUACAACUCCGUCAUGAAGAUCGUCUUCAUCACCACCUCCGCCGCCAUCGUCUGGUACAUGCGCCGCCACCCGCAGGUGCGCCGCACCUACGACCGGGACCAGGACACCUUCCGCCACGUCUUCCUCGUCGCCGCCGCCUUCGCGCUUGCCCUCAUCUUCAACGAGCGCUUCACCCUCCGCGAGAUAUGCUGGGCAUUUUCGAUUUACCUGGAGGCAGUGGCGAUUCUACCUCAGUUAGUUCUACUCCAGAGAAGCAGAAAUGUUGAUAACUUGACUGGACAAUAUGUUCUGUUUCUCGGGGCCUACCGUGCAUUCUAUAUUCUAAACUGGAUCUACCGUUAUUUCACAGAGGGUCACCAAAGCAGAUGGAUCCCUUGGAUUGCUGGUUUGGUCCAAACUGGUCUAUACGCAGAUUUCUUCUACUACUAUUUCUUAAGUUGGAAGAACAACGUGAAGCUUGAGCUGCCUGCCUGA